ACAUCACACAAGUAAGUUCAUUAACUCCUAAAAGCUUGCUUGUCAACUUUGCUAGUCCAAUCCACAAUGGCAACAAAAAUUGUCAUAUUGUCCUUAAUGUUCUUCUUAACUCUAGCCACAUCUAUAGAGGCCUCAAAGUACCAGUUCCAAAAACUCAAAGAAACCAACAUGAUGUUCUACAUGCAAGACUGGGAGACAGGAGCAAAUGCCACCGCCACCCCAGUCGCUGGCAUCCCUCACAAGCAGUGGUGGAUCCUUGGGUUUGGAACGAUCUUUGCCACUGACGACAAGUUGACAGUAGCUAUUGAGAGGAACUCAUCUGAGGUCGGGAGGGCUCAUGGUAUUUAUGUGAACUCAGCAUUGGAUGGCUCUGACUUGCACCUAUUGAUGUCACUUGUGUUCACCAACAAGAAGUACAAUGGUAGCACCCUUGAAAUUCAAGGGGCAGACAGGUUCUACCAAAAAUAUAGGGAAGUAUCAGUGGUUUCAGGAACUGGAAUUUUCAGGUUGGCUCGUGGUUAUGCUACUUUGGAGACUGUUUAUUUGGACAUACCCAAUUCUAAUGCAAUCAUCAGGUGGAAUGUCACAGUUUUUCAUUAUUGACUUUUUUGUAUAAGAGUAUGGAAUAAGCUAGCGUUAUUAAAAAAAA